AUGGUUCCCGAGGAUAUUUCUUGGCGAGGAGCCUGGAAACCAUUCUUUUUUGCAAGUUUAACGUCUGUUGGUCAUGAAAAUACUGAAAUAAUCAAAAUGGAAGUUAACAAAAUGAUCCCUGAGGAUUUCUUCGCGAGGUCUUUGGGAGCCAUUAUUCUUCCAGUUUUCCGUUUGCUAGUUAUCCUAGUACUGAAAGACAUUGCUCAGUACGAAAUUGCUGAUGUCAUUUCUCUCGAAUAUGAUUUUAUUGUUGUUGGUUCCGGAACAGCCGGCACCAUUGUUGCCUCCAGACUUUCGGAGGUGAAGGAAUGGAAGGUUCUCCUGCUGGAGGCUGGGUCUAUACCCACUGCUGACAGCUACAUCGUCCCUUUAAUCUCGGCCCAGUUCAUAUCUGGGAAUCCCAGCAUUUGGCGUCACAAAACCGUCCCUCAGCAGUACUCCAACCUGAAUGCCAUUGAGCAGAGAGGUCUAGCACCUACUGGCCGGGUUUUAGGGGGAAGUUCUACCAUAAAUGGUCUCUCUUACGUCCGAGGAAGCAGACAAGAUUUUGAUAACUGGGCUGCUUUAGGCAACCCUGGUUGGGACUAUCAGUCAGUCCUGAAGUACUUCCAGAAGUUCGAAAAUUAUAAUGGACCAGCCGGACCCCAGAAUGCGUACUAUGGGAAUUCAGGUCCUAUUGGCGUUACUCCAACAAAAGGAGGGCCCCUCACCGAUGCCUUUUUGUCAGGUGGUGCCCAACUUGGGUAUCCAGUGCUGGAGGACUACAACGGACCUCAGCAAUUAGGCUUUGCGAAACUGAUUAUAAACACCAAAGAAGGUCUGCGCUCUUCAACAGCCCACGAAUACCUCAAGGAGUCUUCGAGACGACCCAACCUGGAUGUUCUUCACAACGCUAUGGUUCAUAAGGUCAUUUUCAACGACGAAAAAAGAGCAGUCGGUGUGCAAUUUGAACGCAAUGGCAAGAUAUUCACCAUUGGCGCCAAACGAGAGGUCAUCGUAUCUGCAGGAGCUUUUUCGUCACCGCAAGUGCUGAUGCUUUCAGGCGUUGGUCCUAGGGAACACUUGCAGUACCAUAAUGUGGAUGUCGUAGCAGACGUUCCAGGAGUGGGAAUGAACCUCCAAGAUCACGUGGGUCCCAUUGGGCUCUGCUGGACCGUGAGGAAAGGGAUAUUGCCGAAUCCAGCGAAGGAAUUCACACUUUCUGCGGUAACAGAAUUCGCCAAAUACCGAACAGGUCCCUUGUCCGAAUACCCAGGUGACAACCCUCACGCCUUCAUCAAUGUGAAUGGGGGCGUUGACCCCACGUGGCCAGACCUCAUUAUUUUCCUGAGUUCAGUGUUGCCAACGUAUGACCUGGGAAUAUUUUAUCCUUCCGCUUACAAUUUGAGGAAACAGGUCUACUUGGAGCAGUUCUGGGAGCUCUAUGGACAUGAAGGAUUUUGCAUGGACCCUUUUCCCCUUCGGCCGGAGUCCAGAGGCACUGUAAGAUUGGCGUCGAACGAUCCCAACGUUCUCCCGCUCAUUGACCCGAAGUACCUUUCUAAUCCAGCGGACGUUGCCACUCUCAUUAAAGCUGUCAGAGUAGUCAAGGCCAUCGGAAACACUACUCGAAUUGUGGAGGAUCUCGAAGCUAAAUUCCUUAACAGGCCACUGAAACAGUGCCGAUCAGAGGUCUACGACAGCGACAGGUACUGGGAAUGCUACAUCCGCCAUAUGACGGGGACGUUUUACCAUUUCACCAGCACAUGCAAGAUGGCCCCUCCUGAGGACCCCCUGGGAGUCGUGGACGCCCUAGACUCAGGUGAGGGAAGCUCUCAGUUCAGUUCCACGAAAGGUCAAAUGAGUCAGCUGAGCACUGAAUCAGUUGAGGUCCUCGUUCCUUUAACAGAGUACCCAAGUGGCAUAAAUGAACGCCUAAUGACACUCAGACUAAAUCUUGAGGGAAAUAAACAUGCCACAGUGAUCAGUGCUUACGCUCCAACCCUUCUUGCAGAGGAUCAAACAAAAGAAUUAUUUUAUGUCACUUUAGACACAGCUCUCACAGCUAUCCCAAAUGAAGACAAAGUAAUCCUUUUAGGUGACUUUAAUGCCAGAGUAAGACGAGACAGUGACAUCUGGAGAGGUACCAUUGGAAAAGAGGGUGUUGGCAAAAUGAAUGCAAAUGAAACACUCCUACUCUCGAAGUGUGUAGAACAUGAUCUGAACGACUCGAAUAAGCUUGAACUUCAGCGGUGUCUUGCUAAUAAACUAGAACAGGAAUAUUCCCCCAAUAUUUUUGAUCACUGGAGUAAAUUUAAGGAUUCCGUAAUCAGCGCAUGUAAAGAAUCAGUUGGUCUGAAGAAAUACGAACAUCAAGAUUGGUUUGAUCAGAAUGAUGCAGCUAUUCAAGAGCUUAUUCAAAAGGCCAGAAAAUAUCUGUUUGAACAUCUGAAUGACCCAAAGCCUGAAACAAAGAGGAAAAUACACCGCACAGCAAAAGCUCAGAUACAAAAUGCCACAAGGGAAAUGAAAAAUAAGUGGUUGACAGACAAAGCAAAUGAGCUCCAAUCCUUCUUUGACAGAAAUGACAUGAGAAGCCUUUUCAGUGGAAUGAAAACUAUAUUUGGGCCAAGUUCCCAAGGGCUAGCACCCUUACAUGAAUUGCCUCCAGGUAUCUCCAUCAAUUACAGAACAGACGGAGAAAUAUUCAAUCUCAAUCGGCUUAAGGCAAGAACUAAAGUCAAUGUUACUGCUAUUGUUGAGCUUCAGUAUGGAGACGACAACGCUGUCUGUGCUCAAAGACUGAAAAUGAUCUGCAAACUAUACUGA